AUGUCCACUGGCCUUUUCGCUGCAAAGCAGUACAAAUCUUCCAGGAACUUGAAGAAAUUGGCCAUCUCCUCGCCUAUAAAUGCUAAAUCUCCAAGCGAAUCCCUACAACCAUCGCCAGUGUUUUCGCCUCAUUCUAGAGAACCUGUGAUUGUAUUAAGAGCAAAGUACGACUUCAAUGCUGAGUCGCCUGUUGAAAUAAGUGUCAGGCGAAACGACUACGUUAAACUCGUCCACAGACCUGGCAAUGGCUGGUUGUUGGUUAAGUUCAUUGACAAGACUGACAGCGGCCUUAUUCCUGCUUCCUAUGUUGACAUAGCUGCUAACGACAUACAGAAUCCUAUUACCCUUGACUGGCUACUUGAGAACAGACCUCGUUCGGGCCGCAAGCCAGAAUUCAUUAACAGCAUCAAGAUAAGCACCGUGCUACAGAACAAGAAGAUGCGGUACUUGUACCGUUUGGAUAUUACCAUGAGUUCUGGCAAGCAAAUGUACCUUUGCAAAUAUUACCAGGACUUUUAUAACUUGCACGUGGCCCUUGUUACUUCCUUGGGAAGCACUGUGCCUCUUCCCUCUCUUCCCAAGCCUAGAGGCCUGAUGGAAAGAGCUACACUGAAGGCUUCCCCCAACAGAGCUGAUGUCAAGAACUUGCUAGAGGUUGCCGGCCAGCUAAGCAAGUACAUGAGACAGCUUUUGAUAUUAGAAAAAAUUAGAUGCUGCGACGAAUUCGUGGAAUUCAUUAAUGAUGAACAGUUCAAGAGAAUCGAGAUUUAUCCUGGCGAUGCUUCUCUUUCAGAUGCUAAGAUCAACGAUAUGCUACACAAGGAUCUGGUAAACAUCAUGGAUACCUUGCUGAGAGCUGACAUGUCCCUCAAAAGUGUAUCCGUUGAGAACACACCUCCUUCGACAGUCGAACAAAAAGCAGCCCCCAAAAAUAGACAAAAGUUAUCAAUGUCUCCAUCAUUGAUUGCUUUGAUGCCAUCCUUCAUGUCCCCUACAAACGUCACCCCAAUGCCAAGCACGCCAGAGCAGGAGACUAAGGUUGCCCUGGAGUCGCCCAUGGCUGAAUCCAAGAGCUCCCAGACACUCUCCACCUUUUCACUGCUUCUUGCAGGUUACGGAGAGGACGAUGCUAAUUAUGAAUUGAAUAACCUUCAAGAGACCAAAUCCGCCGAAACUACAGACAGCGACAAUCAUUUAACACUGAACGAAACUACUUUACAAGAACCAAUUGAGUUGUCGGACGGCCUUAACUUAAAUCCACGGAAAUGUUUUGACAAGGCAAAGGAUGCUUUGACUCCUCCGGCCUCGGAUGUGAGCCAUGAUUCUGUGUCUACGAUCGGAAGCCAAGGUCUCAGUACAACCCAUUACUCCAGUGGUGAAGACUCAAUUAUGCUGAACUCGUCUCGUCACAAAAGCCUGUCUUGUGAACCAAAAACUCCAACUAUGGGUUUCGACCAGAGCUUCUCUAGAUACCCUCCCAAGCUUUUCGAAGCCGAGGAAGAGGAACAGAUUAAGCCUUUACUGCCAAAGAAACACAAAGAGGCUUACAUGUCUGCGUCUUCAUCCACCGCCACAAUAACACAAGACACGAAAAAUAAACAACCGGUUGGAGGAGAGUACGUGAGAAUUAAAGUUACCCUAUGCAACGAGGAUGACGACAAGGUUGUCUUACGUGUCAGACGCAGCGACUUACACUCAAUUCAAGCGUUGAAGCAUAUUUUGCUGUUCAAGAUAUAUAAAGACUCGGGGCUCAUCCACCACUACACUCUCAGGCCCUUUGACGAGAUCAGCGUUGACGGAGCGCUCGAUGAAAGCGCAAUUCUAGACUACGUGAAAACAAGGCCCAAGGCACACCUUCGGCUUCAGCGGGCCCGCUAA